UCGGAGAGGUAUAAGAAAGGGUGUAGAGGAAAAGCACCAGGCACUCUGUUAUGACCGAGAGUUAGGACGGAUCUCUUAAAGCCAGUUUUGGAACUGAUGGAGCAGCUUGGAUGUCACCUUCACUAAAGUGUCUCUCCAGCUACUUAACCCACCAUUGAUGUAAAUGACUGUGUUUCAUGUGUUCAGCUCAGCGCAUUAAGAUUCUAUGUCAAGGGCUCCUUUAACGACGCAGCUUUUUAGGCUGUGAAACUGAGGGUGGGUUUGACAGAUCUCCAAAAUGGACAACAUCACAGCCGACGCUAACGUGGGACUCAAGCUCACGUGUAACAUGACCGGGCACCACGAUUUCAUCUUCACCUUCAUCCCUGUAGUCUACAGCUGCAACUUUAUCAUCGGAAUUGUAGGCAACAGCCUGGUAGUCAUUGUCAUCUACUUCUGUUUGAAGCUGAAGACCGUUGCAAACAUAUUUGUUUUGAACUUAGCCGUGUCAGACUUGACCUUCCUCCUCACCCUGCCCAUUUGGGCCAUAUACACUGCAACAGGCUACGAGUGGCUCUUUGGAGACUUCCUAUGUAAAGCCAUUGCUGGUAUGGCCCUCCUUAAUCUAUAUACUAGUAUUUUUCUCCUCACUGCUCUCAGCAUUGACCGGUAUCUGGCCAUCGUUCAUCCCGUCAAGUCCCGCCGGUGCCGUACGGUGGUGUACGCCCGUGUGACGUGCGUCUUGGUUUGGGUAGUUGCUCUCCUUUUAAGCCUUCCCACAGCCGUUAUCCGUGGGACCCAUUUUAUCCAGCAUAACAAUGUCACUGUAUGCGCCAUCCUAGACGAAGAAGAUCUUCGCAAUGUGCUGGCAGCUCUCAGCCUGAUGAAGAGUGUUCUUGGGUUCCUUCUGCCCAUCACCAUCAUCCUCACGUGCUACUGUCUGAUUGGCCAGUCUCUGCUCAAAGCACGGGACAUUCAGAGGAAUUCGAGAUCAAACGGGGACGAGGUGUUGAGCAUGCUGGCCGCCGCCGUGCUGUCGUUUUUCCUUUGCUGGACACCACAUCAGAUCUUCAACUUCAUGAACAUGCUUGGUCUGCUGAAAGUGAUCACCAACUGCGAUGUCAUUGAGAUCAUUGACACCGUAAUGCCGUUCACCAUUUGUAUUGCCUUUUUCAACAGCUGUAUGAACCCAAUCCUGUACGGUUUUGUCGGGAAGAACUUUCGCAGGAACUUGCUGAAGCUCUUGAGGUGUUCCUCGACUUCUGUGGCAUCUCACCCCACCCUCAGUACCAAGAUGAGCUCUCUCUCAUAUCAAGCCUCGGAGUCAUUACACCUCUCUGUCAAUAAAAUGUCCUCAAUACCUCAAGCCACAUGA